AAGUAGGCUUUGGUGUAUUUUGUGAUAGUCUUCCCUACUUUCCUACUUUGGUCGAUCUAAAAUAACGAACGUAAAUCAAAAACGGACUGUUGAUGAACUUUUUUGUUAGUUUAGAUAUUACAAAUAAUUUACAUAAUCCCCGUUAAAGAAGAAAGGAAGCGAUAUGUGACGCAGACCAACGGCGCCAGGAUUUGAAAACUUUUGUCUUGUUCCGCCUCUGUGUUUUUUUCCCCGUGUGUUUAAUUCCGUUCAUUUUCUGAAAUUGAAUUUUGUUUGAUUUAUCAAAUCAUGGGUGUUCACGAUCUGUGGUCCAUCGUUGAGCCAGUUCGUGAGUCGGUGCCUUUGUACAGUCUUAGCGGAAAGACUCUGGCAGUGGACCUGAGUUUAUGGGUCUGUGAAGCUCAGCAUGUCCAGGCCAUGAUGGGCAGAGUUACUAAGCCCCAUCUGAGGAAUUUAUUUUUCAGAGUAUCUUCGCUCACACUGAUGGGGGUGAAGCUCGUUUUUGUCAUGGAAGGCCAAGCUCCUAAACUUAAAUCAGAAACCAUGAGUAAAAGGACAGAAAUGAGAUUUGGAGCUUCCAGAAAAGGACAGGUCUCAAAGUCAGCCCCAAGUACCAGCAGAGGGCGCUUUAACGCUGUACUCCGAGAGUGUGCUGAGAUGCUGGACUACCUGGGUGUGCCCUGGGUGACGGCUGCCGGGGAAGCAGAGGCCAUGUGUGCUUACCUGGACUCAGCGGGGCUGGUUGAUGGCUGCAUCACAAACGAUGGAGAUGCUUUCCUGUAUGGGGCUCGGACAGUUUACAGGAACUUCAAUAUGAACAGUAAAGACCCUCAGGUAGAUUGUUACCAAGCAUCUCGAGUGCAAACUGAGCUGAACCUGUCGAGAGAGAAUCUUGUUGGAUUGGCCGUUCUAUUGGGAUGUGAUUACAUCCCUAAGGGUAUACCCGGUGUUGGCAGAGAGCAGGCCAUGAGGCUUAUACAGACUCUUGGAGGACAGUCACUUCUGCAGAGGUUCAAACAGUGGAAGCAAGAGAGUACAGACAUUCCUGAUGUAGUUGUAAAGAAGGUUUCUCACUGCAACAUAUGUCGACAUCCUGGCUCAGCCAAGGCACACGAGCGUGGCGGCUGUGUGCUCUGCGACAGCCAACGCUUCUGCCAGCCUCAGGACUUCGAUUAUGUGUGUCCGUGCGACUGGCACUGUUACGAACAGAGCCGCCAGUCCUCGUCUCUGGAAGCAAACAUCAGGAAGAAAACAAUGGCUUGUCAGCAGUUCCCGUUCAUAGAGAUUAUAGACGAGUUUCUGGUUUCCAAGGAUAAACCUGUGGCACAUUUUAAGAGGAGACAGCCAAAUAUGCUGCUGAUGCAGAAAUUUGCUUAUGAGAAGAUGGAGUGGCCAAAACACUACACCAGUGAGAAAGUUUUAAUCCUGAUGACCUACACUGAGCUGAUGAACAGGAAACUCAGAAACAAUGUGCCUUCUCAACUCAAGCCUCUCCGAAUACUGAAACCACGGGUGAGGAACGCAGUCGCUUGCUUUGAAGUUGUCUGGAGCACUCCAGAGCAUUAUGUGUUUCCAGAGGACCGACCAACUGAGGAACAACAUGAGGUGAGAACGGUGGAGGAAGAGUCUCUUUUCCGCACGGCUUUCCCAGAGGUUGUUGAAAACUACCUGAGAAGCAAAGCCCUGAUUGAAGAGAACAAAACUAAACAGAAGAAAGCCAGAAGGAAAAAGGAGAAACCUUCUGAUAUUUCUGAUGGCGUCUCGGAUCUCUUGGCUCAGAUGACGCUCCAGACGUUCUCAGCGGACAGAUCCACCGAGCCUCAAACUCCGCCCCCUUCCAGCUCACGCUCUGAAGGGACAGAAGUUAUCCUUUUGGACACUCCAGUGAAUCGUAAGCAGUGCAAAGAAGCAGGCGACAAACAUGUUCGAAAACCCCUACCUGAUCUUGAACCAGAGACCACCGCAUCACCUUCUGUCUCUGCUGUUAUUGACGCUUUACAUCUGAGUGAUAUCGACUGGGAGGCUUUAUCUUUCACCUCUUCGCCUUCCUCACAGGCGAGCCAGCCUGCAGAGCCUGAGCAAACUAAGAACACAGACAGAGAUGAAACACAAGCUGGACUCAAAAAGCCAGAGCUGUGCUACACUGAGUGUCCUCUGAGAGACCGAAUUCUCAUGAGGAAUGCAGACAAGAAACAUCACAACUAUGAGCUGCUUAUUUCAAACAGAGGAUGUUCCAGUGACGGCAGCAAUGGCUGCACAGGUAAUAAAAAGGAACCGCUCACAUGCAAAACACAUUGUGGCUUAGAAGAAAGCAUUCAAAGGUCAGAAGAGCACAAAAAAACAUUGCGUGAGGAUCAGAUUAAGACACUGGAGAAAUCUAAUAGACAAGAAAAGCCUUGUCAGAAAUAUAAGUUUGUCAAAUCUGCUUCGUUGUCAUCCUCUGCUCUGCCGCAGAGAUUCCAUUCUAACCCAGGACAAAAGGACAAACAGAGCAGCGGCGUAUCACAUUCCUCGAAGAAGAGCGUGUGCAUGGGAAGGGGCUCAUCCAGUGAGGACAGUGAUGUUGAAAACCAGCAGUCUGGAUCUCAACGUCAAGCAAAAACAAAACUGACAAGCAAAACCAAGAAAAAUUUCUUGUCAGACUUUCCUCUGAAACCGGCCUCUGGUCGGUUUACAGAUGCUAAUGCUAAGAAUUCUCAAAAGCUUCAGAUAAUUGGAACAAAACCACAGAGCCAAUGGGGAAAGGCUGAACAAAAAACAGAUUUAUCAGCUACAAAUAGCUGUCAGGACAUUCAAACAGCUAAAGUAAGAGAUGAUAGGAUUCUGCAGAAUCCAGCUUCACCUAUCAUCAACGAUUCAGUGAAUAAUAGUGAUAGUCCUCUGCCACUAGCCGAGAGAAUACGACUAAAACUUCUAAAGUGAGCGUCAUUCAUCAUCCUCUGUUUGAAACUCUUUGUCUUUAAUUCUAAUACCAUUUUCUUUAAAACUGUUUUUUUUAGAAAAGCAAAAUGCUAUAGAUCUGAUUUCUUUUAGAUUAUUGUGACCCAGUUCAAUUUUUAAUGUAUCUGUGGUGUCUGAAAGCAAACUUAAAAGGUUCCUUUAUCAUCUGGAUUUUGAUUUGGGUAUUUUUCCCAUUGUCCAAACUUUCCACUCUUCUUUUACCACACCUCAUUUCAAGGAAUAUGAAAUUAAGCCAAGUCUAAACUAUUUUUGUUUUAUGUGUGAAUAAGGGUCCUUAUUGAGUCUGGGAAAAUCUAAGAUUUGACAAUCCAGGACAGAAAAGGAACUGUGGAAAUAAUUUGGAUUUUUCCCUCCUUUAUUCCCUGUCCUACCAAGGCUGUCCAUCCAUCUGUGUAUUAUACGCAUUAUCUGGUCAUCCAUCCAUGUAUUUUAUCAACUUUUCUUCACACUUUCCUUGCUUUUUGUUUUAUUCUUUCCUUAAAAAUUGGAACAUGAACUGUGGAAACUUGUCUGUGGGAAAAAUAAAAGGUGGGAAAAAUUAAAUCUCUUA